GGUAUUCAAUCAUACGGUAGUCUCUCGGCAGUCCAUUGCGCGUAAAAGACCUGCCAAGAUCCACGGUUACGGAUACCAUUGAGCUUGUUAUAUACGAUUCCCUCGUAUUGGUGCUGUGAUCCUGAACGUGUACAACAGCUAUCAAAAGAUUCAGCGGUGAAAGCCGCGGUAUGAACGGGUACGAAUUCUCCGUGAUCUUCCUCGGAAAGGAAGGAGGAAGACUGUUUAGAAGAUCUUAAAGUAAUCAUCGAAUCGACCACGAUGUCUCUCGGGCAACGUAUAUCUGGGGCCGUCGCGGUCCUCAGAGGCACUUCCGAAGUCAAAGAGGCCCAAACGUCAACUUCCGAUGAGAUCGAAAAGAUAACCACUGUGGAGGAAGAAAAAAUUUGCCACAAGACGAUCACCCCGCUCGACAGAUUGCAACGAGUGGUGGAUUGGUUCAGGGAGAACAUGCUUUUGGUCUUUACGAUCGCUGCAGUCUUGGUCGGUCUUAUUCUUGGAUUUCUCGGUCGAUUAGCCAAUCCCACACCACAAUCCAUUACUCUUAUCAGUUUCCCCGGAGAACUUCUUAUGCGACUUUUAAAGAUGUUCAUACUACCACUCAUUGUCUCGUCGCUUAUCUCCGGAAUGGCACAAUUGGACCCUAAGGGUUCAGGAAGAAUGGGAUACAGAGCAUUGCUAUAUUACACCGUAACGACCAUUCUCGCGGCUAUAGUUGGUAUCGUAAUGGUAUUAAUAAUCCACCCCGGUGAUCCUAGAAUUAAAUCUGUUAUAACCGCGCACAAGGCGGACUUUACAAAAAUUUCUACGUUAGACGCUAUCCUCGAUAUAAUUAGAAACAUGGUGCCGGAAAAUUUGGUGCAGGCGUGCUUCCAGCAGGCGCAAACUACUUACGUGACGAAGGAAGUUGCUAUAGGAACUACAAGUGAAAUUACUCAAAUACAAGAGGCAACGUUAGUGUACAAGGAUGGAAUGAAUGUGAUGGGCAUGAUAGUGUUUUGCAUCACGUUUGGACUUGUUGCUGGACAAUUUGGCGCUCAAGGGAAAUUAAUCGUCGACUUCUUCAUGGUUUUGAACGAAAUAAUCAUGAAACUUGUCGGUAUUAUUAUCAUGUGGUACUCUCCGUUCGGAAUUAUGUGUCUGAUAGCUGGUAAAAUAAUGUCGAUUAACAAUUUGACGGCAACUGCUCAGAUGUUAGGCUUAUACAUGGUGACAGUCAUAUUGGGCUUAUUGUUUCACGCAUUAAUCACUCUGCCAAUGAUAUUUUGGUUUUUAACUCGACAGAAUCCUGCCGCAUUUUUCAGAGGUAUGAUGCAAGCUUGGAUGACAGCGUUAGGAACAGCAUCAAGUGCCGCAACUUUACCUAUAACUUUUCGAUGCCUCGAAGAAAAUAAUAAAAUCGAUUCACGUGUAACACGAUUCGUAGUAGCAGUUGGAGCUACGGUAAAUAUGGAUGGAACGGCUCUUUACGAAGCGGUUGCCGCGAUUUUUAUCGCACAAAUGAAUGGAAUUUCGUUAGGAUUAGGUGAAGUUAUAACGGUCAGUUUCACAGCUACCUUGGCAAGUAUAGGUGCAGCAAGUAUUCCCAGCGCGGCUUUGAUUACGAUGUUAAUAGUGCUUACAGCUUUGGGUUUACCAACGAACGAUAUUUCUCUAUUGUUUGCAGUUGACUGGAUGUUGGAUCGAAUUAGAACCUCGAUCAAUGUUUUGGGCGAUGGAUACGGGGCUGGAAUAGUUUAUCAUUUGAGCAAAGCUGAAUUGGAUAAAAUGGAUCAAGAAAAGAAAUUAGAGGGUCUUGAAAUGGGGACACCGCUUCAAAAUAUUUUGGAGAGCUGUCAGCAAGAUGAUACUACACUUGCUCCGGAAGAAAGUUCCGAAACAAAGAUUUAAUUUGCAAGAGUAUUGACUUUAUUUCGUGUGCUUUCUUUAAUUUCUUGAACGGUAACAUAAAAUGAAAAAAAUUAUGCUCACUCAUAUGUUCAAAUUAACUUAACACAUCGGCAUCCAUUAGGAUUGACAGAAAUAAAAUUUUAUCUUUUCACUGUCAAAAUUUUGAAAUUUUGAUUAUAAUAAAAAUUAAAUAAAUAACUCUAAUAAAUCAUGAAUUUUUUAAAAAUAUAAAACAAAUAUUGUUAUAAAAAUAUAAAACAAAUAUAAUAUAGCGAUAUACAAAAUAUCAAAAACGCGAGCAUGUUAAGUACAAAGCAAUAUCAUUGUGAAUCGGAUGCUGCAAAUUUAAGAAUUGAUUAAAAAUUAAUUGAAAAUUAUAUUGUACAGAAAAUUAAACAUAAAAUUUAUGUCUGAAUUUUAACUUAUCAUUUUGAGAUUAUAUAUGUGUUAUCGUUUAUUGAUUUUAAUAAUAAAAUAAAGCAUUUUAUUCUAAUGAUGCUUCGAAUAUUUAAAAAAAAAACUGUGUUCAGUAAGUAAAGUGUUAUCAUAUCAGACAAUUCAUCCUACGAUUUGUUUUUUAUGUUUACAUUGUUUAUAUACCAUGUUACUUAUUAUAUAUAUAUAUUAUAAAAACAAAGAAAUAAAUAUAAAUUAAUUA